UCUUUAUUUAUAAGAACUUAAUUCCCACCACUUCCAAUUCCAUAUUUAGUCACAGCAUGCGAUGGAAAGUUUGUGACGCAGAGGGCGAGAUGGGGCCUCCCGCCGACGCUGCCAUGGUGGCGGCGGCGGCGCCGCCGUCGAAGAAGAUGGCUGCGGACUUCCUCAUGGGCGGGGCCGCCGCGGUGGUGGCCAAGAGCGGGGCCGCGCCCGUGGAGCGGGUGAAGCUCCUGCUUCAGAACCAGGGGGAGCUUAUGAGAAGGGGGUACCUGACGAUGCCGUACGGAGGCAUCCGGGACUGCUUUGCUAGGGUUCUCAGAGAGGAAGGGGUUCUGGCAUUCUGGCGAGGCAACCAGGCCAAUGUCAUCCGAUAUUUCCCAACCCAGGCCUUUAAUUUUGCAUUCAAGGGCUACUUCCGGAGCCUUUUUGGUCGCUCAAAAGAGAAAGAUGGUUAUAUCAAGUGGUUAGCGGGGAAUGUAGCUUCAGGUAGUGCAGCUGGAGCAAUGACAUCCAUGUUACUGUACCAUUUAGAUUAUGCACGAACCCGGCUAGCCACAGAUGCAAUUGAAUCCAAGGCUAACAGUCAACGCCAGUUUAAAGGGCUACUUGAUGUGUACAGGAAGACAGUAGCAAGUGAUGGCGUUGCUGGCUUGUAUCGAGGUUUUGGGGUUUCUAUAAUGGGCAUCACUAUGUAUCGGGGCCUGUAUUUCGGCAUUUACGAUACCUUGAAGCCUGUUGUUCUAGUUGGACCACUAGAGGGUAACUUCUUAGCCAGUUUCAUUUUGGGCUGGAGCGUGACGACAUUUUCUGGCAUCUGCGCAUACCCUUUCGAUACACUGCGCAGGAGAAUGAUGUUGACUUCUGGACAGCCUGCCAAGUAUAAAAAUGCAUACCAUGCAAUGAGAAUGAUAGUCUACAGAGAGGGUUCAUUUGCUCUGUUUAGAGGGGCUGCCGCAAACAUGCUUUCCGGUAUGGCAGGAGCAGGAGUUCUUGCAGGAUAUGACCAACUCCAACGAAUUACAAGUGGGCACGGUUAUGGUCUCGAGCACAAGCUUAGAGAGGGUCUGAAAUGAUGUUGACCUGUUUGAAAAAUGAAUAAAGACCAUUUUUCAUGAUACAUAUUUGGUUGUGAAUGAUGCUUCUCAUUGCAAGAAAUGCAGUCUUUGGAAAUUAGAGGAAGAGAGAAUCUCCAAAGAGAAUCUCUAUGCCAAAUUUAAUUACCUUGUACAUAAGGAGACAAGAUGUAAAGUAUGUGAAAUUUUACUUGUCAAUUUUCUAGAUAUAAUUUGAAACAAUUCAACAGCUAAAGAUCAAGCAAUAGAAAAUAGUGUUUUGAA